AUGCAGGCCCUGGACACUUAUAAGUUCUUGGGGCCCGUCUCCAAAGCCUGGCGAUCUCUCUUCCACUCCCAGGAUUUCGCCUACGAACUUGUUGCAAUGGAGCAGAAGGAGCCUCACGCAGGACUGGAUGCUGUACCAGACCAGCACAGACGAAGAUCCUCGGUCACUGAGGCUAUCUCCAAAGGCUUCGAGGCCGCCAAUGUGCUGAGAAGCCCAACUCAAACGCUCGACCAAGGACAGAACCCUCAUGGCGACAGCACCACAUUCGCUUCGAAGGGACUUGACGUCUACUACAGACCGAGCGAUGGAUGGGAGGGUCUACACCGCUACGAUCCAGACUUCACCUGGGAGCCAGCGGAGGAGAGGAAGCUCAUCAGGAAGCUCGACUGGAAGAUCUGUACCUUCGCAUGUCUGAUGUUCUUCGCUUUGCAAUUGGAUCGUGGAAACAUCUCACAGGCCUUGUCCGAUAAUAUGCUUAAAGACCUUCACAUGAACACUAAUGACUACAACAACGGGCAGACGAUCUUCUACUGUUCUUUUCUGUUCGCUGAAUUGCCAUCGCAAAUGAUUUCGAAGAGACUUGGACCUGAUCGAUGGAUCCCAGUCCAGAUGGUUUCCUGGUCGUUAGUGGCAUCCAUGCAAGCGUUCCUCAACGGUCGAACAUCAUUCUUCAUCUGCCGAUGGCUUCUUGGAAUGAUAGAAGGAGGCUUCAUACCCGAUACGAUCCUCUACCUCAGCUACUACUACACCAGCAAGGAACUUCCCAAACGUUUGAGCUUCUUCUGGGUUGCUUAUCAAUCGACUUCGAUCAUUUCCGCUUUCUUGGCCUACGGAAUUUUACGACUUCGCGGUUACAACGGUCUCGCUGGGUGGCAGUGGCUCUUCGCCCUCGAGGGCCUGCUCACUGGAGUGAUCGGCAUUGUCGCUGCGUUCUAUCUGCCACCCAGUCCUUACAAGACUGCCUCUUGGUUCCGAGGGAGGAAGGGCUGGUUCAGCGUGGAGGAAGAAAAGAUCAUCGCUAACCGUAUCUUGAGAGAUGACCCUUCGAAGGGUGACAUGCACAACCGUCAAGGUCUGAACCUGACCACGCUUGGGGAUGCUUUGAAGGACUGGCACAUGUGGCCGUUAUAUCUAAUCGGACUUUCGUGGACCAUCCCGAACACACCACCAACAAGCUACCUAACACUCAACCUCAAAGCCUUGGGUUUCGGGACCUUCACCACCAAUCUGCUCACCAUCCCGUCCUCCGUUCUCUUCAUCAUCCAGCUGCUGUUCUGGACUUGGCUCUCGGAGAAGAUCAACCAGCGUUUCCUGCUUGGCGUCGUCAACGGACUGUGGACACUCCCUCUGCUCAUUGCUCUAGAGGUUCUCCCCGCUGACAGCUCGCAUUGGGCGAGAUGGGCUAUCGCGACGCUCCUCGUUGGCUACCCAUAUAUCCACGCCAUCCUGGUCGCCAUUACCAGUCGCAAUGCCGGAACUGUUCGGACGAGGACUGUCGCAUCGGCGAUCUAUAACAUGAGCGUGCAGAUGUCGAACAUCAUCUCAUCGCAAAUCUACCGAGACGGUGACAAGCCGCUGUACCGCAAGGGCAACGCGGCGUUGAUUGCUAUCACCGUUUACAAUAUCUUGAUGUUUAUCGGGUUGAAGAUCUUCUACGUGACUAUCAACAAACGCCGAGACGCAAUCUGGAACGCCAUGACAGCGGAAGAGAAGGAGGAAUAUCUCAGUACCACGAAAGAUCAGGGAAAUAAGCGCUUAGACUUCCGUUUCGCUUCAUAA